UUAAACGAGUGGCCCUCAUCACAAGUUUAUCUCCGUAUUAUGUACUUUUAUUUAUAAUUACGCGAGUUUCGUCAGCUCCCUUGGUUUUUUUUAAUUUCUUAUGGUUUUGUACAUAAUUGUAUAUUAUUUAUUUAAUUUUUACUUGAGAUAUCGUCAUAGAAUUUUCGCAAUUUUACCAAUACGCUGCCGUCAAAUUAUUACAAAUGUUGUGGAGACAAUGGACUCUAUGAUUGAAUCUUAUUUGAGUACCGUGGAAGCUGCACAAGAGCCUGAUGAUAUUCCAAAAGGAUGUACAGACACGGUUUGGAUUCUUGGGAAGAGCUACCAUCCCGUUCAAGAGCUGGAGCUUAUCCGGAGAGACGUACAAACGCGUAUCUGGUGCACAUAUCGACGUGGCUUUGUCCCCAUUGGUUCUCCUCAAUUGACUAGUGACAAAGGAUGGGGCUGCAUGCUACGCUGUGGGCAAAUGAUACUGGCACAAUCUCUAAUCGAUUUACAUUUGGGACGUGAUUGGUUUUGGACUCCGGAAACAAGGGAUCCAACUUAUCUCAAAAUUGUUAAUCGCUUUGAAGACAAUAGAAAAAGUCCUUUCUCAAUUCAUCAAAUUGCCCUAAUGGGAAAUUCUGAGGAUAAGAAAGUUGGUGAAUGGUUUGGACCAAAUACCAUUGCACAAGUUCUGAAAAAACUGAUAAAGUACGAUGACUGGAGUAGUCUCGUUAUUCACGUGGCGAUGGACAAUGUAAUUUAUUUGGAUGACAUCAAGGAGAUUUGUUGCAAUAGUGAGGAUAACUCAUGGAAACCCCUAUUCUUGAUUGUUCCACUGAGACUUGGUAUAAAUGAGAUAAAUCCAAUAUACAUUGAUGGGCUGAAGAGAUGUUUCGAGAUAAAACGCAUCAUGGGAAUGAUUGGUGGUAAACCCAAUCAAGCUCUCUACUUUGUUGGCUACGUUGGUGAUGAAGUCCUGUACCUUGAUCCCCAUACAACUCAACGCAAUGGGAGUGUCGGUAAUAAGCUUUCGUCUGAGGAGGUAGAAAUGGAUGAAACAUUUCAUCAGAAGUAUGCCAAUCGUAUACCAUUUCGUCAAAUGGAUCCAUCACUAGCCGUGUGCUUCCUAUGCCGUACUCAACUGGAGUUUGACGAACUCUAUGCAGGACUUUUGCAGGAUGUUCUCUCAGGGCCACAUCCCCUCUUUGAAAUAAUUCAAACACGGCAACCACCAUGGGCCUCAGCAGCUGCAUCAACCUCAUCACCUCAGACUCAUCAUAGUAGAUCACAAAAUCGUGGUGACAGUGAGACUGAUCCAACGCUAGGUGAAUUUGAAGAACUGGACACACGUCAGUCCGACGAAGAUUUCGAAAUAAUCGCAUAAAAAUGUUAUGAAAAUUAUAUUUAAUAAAUAAAAAUAAUAUUAAAUAUGUCCCUUUACCAACAAA